UUAUUAUUGUUUCCACCUUCAAAUGCGCGCCGCUAGCAAAAGAGACACGAGAUGAUCGCUAUUGGAUUGUCAAGCAGCAUAGCUCGCUUCGCGAUUGACCAAGUCACCUCAUGUGCACGCAUUAUUUUCAAUUCUAAAUUCUUAACGCCGAGGAGUAAUCCUUUUUCCUGGUCGAGGAAGGCUUGCCCACGCGCUGGUUGAUUGUGUGCUCCCAGAAAGGACUCAGCGGUGCCAGCAGUAGCUAGUCCGGCGGGAUCUGGAGCUUCCCAUAUCAAAAGGUACCCUUGUAUUGCGCGCUCAGCGCCGAACUCUCCGAACGUGAAAAGGAAUGGGAGGGAUCGAAUUCGGGGGGAGCGAGACUUGCAAGGAUGUCUCCUUGUUAUCCCGAUCAGGAUGAGAAGUAACCAGCCGCGGAGCGCGAAGGAAACUUUGGUUUCCACGCAGACGACGGCGACGCACAGUUUCGAAGGGUCAGGGAGAGAGUGAAUGGUUUGCUAGUUGUAGCGGUUGAAAUUUUAUGGCGGAGAUGGAGGCGGAGGUGAUGAUGGAAGACGGCGCGUCGGAACCGAGACCACAACAGGAGAUGCAUCCGGGAGUAGUGUUGGUCGCGUUGGAUGUCAACAAGGAUAUCUCUACACAGGCUCUGAAUUGGGCGUUCAUGAAUGCGGUUCGGCCAGGCGAUACGGUUUGUAUCGUGGGCAUUCUUUCUCACGUCCUUAAUCCCAUGGGAUACAAAUGCCGCCUGGACGAGAAUUCAUGGCUCGGAGCCAAUAGGAGGAUCUUGGAAAACGAGCUUUCCAGCAAGCGUCUUGCGUUGUUAAAUAUCGAGGAUCUCAAGGAGUGUUGCGAGAAGGCCCAGGUGCAGAUAGUGAUAGAUGUGAAGCCAGGGCUUCACCCAAAGAUGAUCGUCGUUGAAGAAGCCAAAAAAUUCGGGGCUCAUCAUGUCGUUCUUGAUAGAAAAAUGAAGCAAGAUAGGAAGUAUUUUAUCGACAACCUGACGUGUUUCGUCACGCGCGUCCGUAACUCGGGAGGUGUGGACUACGUUCGCCAGUUUGCUAUUGCGGCACCAGGCUCCAGCUUGUCGAAGCACUCCUCCUUCAAUUCCUCGCUAAGAGGAUCGUCAAUGUCGUCCACAACCUACAAUCAGGACCUGAAGGACCUGAUGCAAGGAGGGGGACCAUUGUCGUGGAGGCGGCAAGACUCCAUAGCCUCAACUGGCACCACACGGAGCCGUCCUAGCUUCGAAUUCGACCGGAACCGAAUCGAUGAACCCUUAGUCGUGGCCAACCACGACUUGAGACUAUCUACUACAGUCGAUGAGCCAAUCUUCGAAAUUCCGCGCAGCAGGAACAUUGGCGAUUCUCAUCACCAUGAGCCCCUGUACUCCAGGGACAGGAGGCUGGAGGAGGCCAAAACCCCUAGGUUGCCCCAUAGCAGCAGCUUGCCGGUUUCGAAGGCUCUCACGGUGCAGACGUGUGUGCCUAAAACAAAUCCCUUCUCGAGGUCGAUGUCGGUGGACAGAGUGGCAAGCGGCCGGAUCGGCUCACGGGAGAAGGCUGCUAAGUCCGUUUGGGUGUGGACGAGCAGCAAGGAUGUCAUGAUGGCCGCCGUUGAGACAGGCUGGACGACUUUUGUCUUCACAAUUGAUACAAAAGACCUCGCCGACGACUGGAUUUUGCUUGCAAAAAUUCGGCCAUUAUACCUGGACGGCGGCCAGAUCGUGGAUUCCCACAAUCGGCAAGUGGCAGCAUUGGGCCAUGAGUUUGCGUCCGGCGAGCAGAUUGAUUACCUUCCUUCUUUGAUGGGCCGGGCUGAAGUUGUGGUCAUGAGUGCCCUCGAUUCACAGGUUGCGGCGGCAGAGAGGAUGGUUGCAGCAUUUUUGAACAGUAGUACAGCUCUGUACGCCGUGGUGAACAGCACCAGCGAUGCCCGGACUUAUCUGGAGGCCCUCGGCAAGGGCACAGACGGCGUUGUUCUACAUACAGACGACCCUUCGCAGAUCUAUCAACUUGGGACGUAUUUGAAAAAGAGGGAAGAGACCACCAUGGGCGUGAGGAUGGUAAACGCCAUGGUCACGGCAGUGGAGCCGGUGGGGCUUGGAGACCGUGUCACUGUUGAUCUUUGCCACCUCUUGCAACCCGGAGAAGGUCUCUUGGUUGGUUCAUUUGCGAGAGCGCUCUUCUUGGUGCACUCAGAGUGCUCAGACAUCGACCCCACCGCUUCCCGUCCCUUUCGCGUAAACGCUGGCCCAGUACACGCAUAUGUUGGCAUGGCCGGAGGCGUCACUUCCUACCUGUCUGAGCUUCACACCGGCAGUCAAGUGCUGGUGGUGGACGCACAGGGACGAUCUCGGACAGUCUUAGUGGGGCGGGUGAAAAUUGAGCAAAGGCCGCUGCUGCUUGUGGAAGUGGAAGUGGAGGGACAACGGCACAGCGUCUUGUUGCAGAAUUCAGAGAAUGUGUGUCUUGUGACUCCUGGAGAGGGAAUGAACGGCAAGCCGGUGCGCGUCACAAGCCUGAAAGUAGGCCAUUCGCUGCUACUCAAUCUGCAAGAUGAAGCAAACGACGCCGAUGAGCAGAACCAUCCAAAGCAUGUGGUUGAAAGGUAGAAAGGUGCAGGUAGUAGAUGUGAAUUUUCACCCUUUUUUUAUUUUUUUUAUUUUUAUUUUUUUAUGUAGCAAAUGAACUGAUUUCUGAUCAUUGAUAGAUCGAUGAGAGACGAGCCUACAGUCUUGGAAGCGUAUAAAUCAUUCGUGAUCUUCCAGCAUUUGGGAUAUACAUGUGGUCUUGUACCGCCACUGCAGCGCUUUCUAUCAGUCAAUCAGCUGCUUUUGGUUGUCAGGGAGGAAAACUUGCAUUCCCUUUGAGAUCAGUCGCGGAUUUUUACUGUCCUCUCACCUAUUACUUUCUCACCUGUCCUUUGGAGGAGAAGAGCUAAAGAUAUGGAUGAGACUAGCAUUGGAAGGGCCGCUUUCAAGCAGACUCUGAUCGUGUUACUUCAUUUUCCGUUACAUUUUCUUCUGGGGUGAGUGUCCGAGAGCUUGUGAAUUGCAGCGUUGCGCUCUGAUUGUUACCACUUCAUGGUAUCACAACAAAUGGAUUUUUUUUUUGUGUAGCUAUUUGCCAUGCUGUGCUACCUGUACAGCAAUGAGACCGAAUUCCUUGUCAUCUCAUCCUAUGCUACGGUCACGGCUCUCAAUCCAAAUGCUGUUUUCAA